AUGACCACUUCCGGUGUUUUGCCGGAAGUUGAUGUUUGUUGUCAAACUGAGCGCAUGUUAAAGAUGGCGUCGUCCGUUCUCUCCCUCCGCUUGUCUUCAGCAUCAAAAACAUGUUUACCGUUACUUAAGUCUAUGAGAUUAACACAAACAGCAGCUGCUGUCAAACCAGAAAAACGUUUCAAGAAAUUUACAGUCUACAGAUGGGAUCCGGACAAGUCUGGAGACAAGCCACAUAUGCAGACAUAUGAAAUUGAUCUGAACAACUGUGGUCCCAUGGUACUUGAUGCCUUGAUUAAAAUCAAGAAUGAAAUUGAUCCAACAUUGACUUUCAGACGCUCAUGUCGUGAAGGUAUCUGUGGCUCAUGUGCCAUGAAUAUUGGAGGAGUUAACACUUUGGCUUGCAUUUGCAAAAUUGACAACAAUACAGCGAAACAAACAAAGAUCUACCCUCUGCCACACAUGUACGUCAUCAAAGAUUUGGUUCCAGAUAUGAAUAAUUUUUAUGCUCAGUAUGCUUCCAUUGAGCCCUAUCUGAAGAAGAAAGAUAUAAAGGAGGAAGACAUUGGCAAGGAACAAUUUUUUCAGUCUGUUGAAGAUCGUUCCAAAUUGGAUGGCCUCUAUGAAUGUAUUUUGUGUGCUUGCUGCAGCACCUCAUGCCCAAGUUAUUGGUGGAACUCGGACAAAUAUCUCGGCCCAGCUGUCCUCAUGCAAGCUUACAGGUGGAUGAUCGACUCUCGUGAUGAUUUUACAGUAGAGAGACUCAGCAUGAUGGAAGAUAAAUUCUCUGUGUACAGAUGCCACACAAUCAUGAAUUGUACAAAGACAUGCCCCAAGCACUUGAACCCUGGGUUGGCCAUUGGGCAGAUAAAGAAGAUGUUGGCUCUGUACAAAAAAGACACUGAAGCAAAAGCCGCCCAUGCUUGA